AUGAAGAUCCUUCACCUGUGCUUUGCAGUUCUCUGUUUGCUGCUCCUGGCUUCCCCAGGUAAGGGAUAGAGAGGUAGAAGACAGAGGGACACCUGCCAGCCUAUUAUGGGGUGGAAGAGGGAGAGGAGUACAGUUGCUGUUCUGUGGCUUUGCAAAGGAAGCUCACUUUUCUUUCUAGAGACGUUUCUUUAGUGGUAAUCUCUUUAGUGGGAAUUCUUUGCAUAAAAAUGUAUAUAUCAGAUAAAAUUGCCUACAAAGGUGCAUCUAUUAGGGGAUAUAUGCACUGCUUUACUGAAUUUCCCCCAUUAUGCCCAAAACUGCUAUGCAAUUUCCCCUAUUAUAACCUAUAUUUUCAUGUUAUUGUCAUGAAAUUACACUUUUUCCAUGUACAUUUUUUAAACACAUUACUUGGAGGGAAAGCUGCCUUUCAGAGGACGGCUGUGCUUUGAUGUUCACAUGUUGACUUCAUUAUGGCACAGUAACAUAAGGAAAAAGGGACGUGGGUGGCCCUGUGGUUUAAACCACUGAGCGUCUUGGGUUUGCCGAUCAGAAGGUUGACGGUUUGACUCCCCGCGACAGGGUGAGCUCCCAUUGCCCGAUCCCAGCUCCUGCCAACCUAGCAAUUCAAAAGCACAUCAAAGUGCAAGUAGAUAAAUAGGUACAGCUCCGGCGGGAAGGGAAACGGCGUUUCCGGGUGCUGCUCUGGUUCGCCAGGAGCAGCUUAGUUAUGCUGGCCACGUGACCCGGAAGCUGUCUGUGGUGAAACGCCGGCUCCCUCAGCCUGAAAUGCGGGAUGAGCGCACAACCCCAGAGUUGUCUGCAACUGGACUUAACUGUCAAAAGAGUCCUUUACCUUUUUUUAAAUAUAUGGAAAAUGGCUUCGCAUGUAAAACUGGUAAGGAAAAACAAAAGUAGCCUCUUCUUUUCUCAGUUUGGUUAGAUUUUAUGGAAUUCUAUGCAAAUUUAUGGCAUAUGUUUUACAAAAUUAAAUUUUGAUUUGUCUCUUCCACAGGUCUGCCAAUAAAUUUGGGGUAUAUAGUUUCUAAUUAGUGGGGUCUGUUUCUUGAGGUAAUUUAGAGCCUUUUAUUCUGGGUAGUCCUUGGGGCUCUGAUGGCUUCAGUUACAGGCUUUAGUUUCUCUAUAACUAAUAAGCCAUGUGUGCCUCACUUCCUGCUGUUGUGUUUUGUGGACUGACACCCUCCACUCAUGAGCAAAUAGCUGGAUAAGCAGAUUGACCAUUUCUUCUUGUGAAUGGAGCAAGGGUGGUAAACACCAGUGGCCAGUGGCAAGGGGUGGGGUGGGGGGUAGGAGUUGGGAUGCCACAGCACCCAGAGAGUCACAGGGCCACUCCUGUUCAAAGGGCUGUGGAGUUGUUCCUCUCUUUCAUCCAGUUGUGAAUUAACUUCCUUCUCCCCACUUAUGUUUGUUUUUCUCUUUGCACAGGAUUUGCACAGGAUGAGGAACCUUCCAAUCAUAUUCAGUGCCAUAAAGCCAAUGGUUUUUGCUACCGUAAACGUUGUUCCAAAAAUUAUGAAACGAUUGGAAGGUGCAGAACUAGUUUCUGUUGCAGAAGGUAAUCUGAGCUGACCAAAUGAGAAUUGCACCUCCUGCCCCUCUCCCAUUACCCUCUGGAUUGAUGAUUUUAAGUACCCAAUGCAGAGUCUCCUAAAUUGAUCAUCCUUUGCUUGCAAGCUUAAUUGCUCCAUUGCAAAAAUAGAAAUAAAAUACCUAUGCCAGAAUCAGCCAAGCGUGGCACAUCCCAUUUUGCCGCUUGAUGCAAAAUGGUAAUUGCUGUUUUGCCAUUCUGCCGGCACGGCUCCUAAGCCCAUCUACCUGCUCCUCCUGCCAUGGCCUGAUCUGCCACUGACACAAACCAUACCCUGUUGAUUGCAGGCACAGAAGCGGCACUACCAUUGCUGCCAAUUUUAAGCAAGAUGGUGCCAAGUUCUAUUCCCACAGGCAGAACCAGCGGGACAGGAGGGGCACCAAUGGGUUUGUUGUCUGAGGGGCUUCUGCCACCAGAAGCAGGGUCCUCACCUGCCUCAUGGCUGGUCCGGCUGUCUUUGGCCCUUUUGCCCUGUGAGUUUAUGCCAGAUCUCCUUUGCCAAAUCCCUAAACCACACCAGAUGGGCACAUUUAAUUUGUUGUGCAGCUUCAUCCAUUGUUUAUCUCAGUGCCUAAGGGAUGUCUAUUCUGCAGCUUUAACAGAUGCUGGGCUCUUACUCUGUGUGGUGUCCUGCCCUCCACCGUUUAAGAUUACCUCAGUUUCACAUCCCAUACAUUCCAUGCAAUUCUCCCACUUUCAAUUCCAAGCAGAUUCAUUCUUAUUUUAUCUUUUAAAGAAAGAAGCUGAGGCAGUAGACUUUUGUCUUGGGUGCAUACAGAGAAAUUAGCAACUGGACUGAAUGAACCCCAGGGUGCCAGUUCUCCCGUGUUUCUCAAAACAUUGUCACAAACUGUUUCCCCAGAACUCUUCCUCAGGGCCACAAAGACAACAAAUCCCUGCCUUGCAUAACAUCCAGUCUGCAGGAGAAUAUUGGAGACCUUGCAUGCUCACUCACUAUUCUGUGACAUAUUUAACUGUACCUAGAAAAUCUAGUCCCCCAGGGCUAGGGUGUCUGAGAGACUGCAUUUAAUUCUCAUCGAAAGGUGAAUCUAUGUAAUUCAUAGUUUCUGGAAAUGAAAAACUGAAGCAGACCUAUCCCUACGCAAUGGUUUAUUAUCUUGAAAUGUUUCUUGUGGUCCAACAUAGCUUGCUUUGUAUUUUCGUGUCUCAAACAUGGUCAGUUUGCUAUGAAACCGAGUUAACUGUUGUCUUUUUGUUUCUGGUUUCUGUGUUUUAGACGGGAGGAGUGAUAGAUGCCUUUGAAAAGUGGAAGAUGCUCCCUCUCUUUGAGAGCCGCUGGAUCCCGCUUCAUCCCCAGCUAGGGACUUCUUCUCCAAAGCAUCCAGAUUGAAAAAAGCAACAUUUUCAAGGCUUAUAUG